AUGUUUCCUUUGAUUUUUUUCUUUUUUAUUUGUGUGUGUGUGUGUGUGUGUCUUUCUUUCUUUCAUCUUUUCUGUCCUGUACCAUUUGCUGUUUUUAUCAUUUUUUUUAAUACUUCUCAAUUUUCUUUUUGUCUUUUUCAUCACUCUCUUUUUCUGUCUGACUUUUUGUCUUUUUGUCAUUUUUACGCUUGCCUUUUCCUCUUUCUUUCUUUCUUUCUUUCUUUCUUUCACGCGCAUUUCAAUCACUUCUUUUUUUGUAGGCUUUUUCUUCUCGCGUUUCUUUUCUCAUGCAUAUUUUUGCACGACUUUUUUCUGCUUUUCUACAUAUAUUUUCUUCUCUUAUUUGUAUAUACAACAUCCCCCUUUUUUACAUCUCUCUUACUUUUGCAUGCCUUUUUUCUCCUUUUUCUCUGCAAGCUCUCUCUCUCCAUUUCUCUCCCUCUAUCUCCUAUCUCUCUCUGUCCUUCUCUCUCUCUCUCUCUCUCUCUCUGUGUUUUUAUUUCAACACGCCCUUUCCUCUCUUUUCAGUACGCAUUUUUAUUGGCUUUUUCUACACAACUUUUCUUUCUUUAUUUCUCUCUUUCUUUCUCUUUCUUUAUUUAUUUCUCUCUUUCUUUCUUUCUUUCUUUCUUUCUCUCUCUCUCUCUCUCUUUCUUUCUUUCUUUCUUUCUUUUGAGUCCCUUUUCUCGUCUCUUUCCGUUCUACCUUUGCACGUUUUUACUCUACACGCCUUUUCUUCUCUCUAUUAUUUUUACACGACUUACUCUUUUUUUUCUGCCCUCUAUUCCUUCUCUUUUUUCUGCGUGGCUUUUUACUCUCUUUCUCUCUCUCCUUUUUUUUUUAUUCUGUCCUUUCCUCUCUUUUUUCCAUAUGCCUUUUUAUUGGCCUUUUUCUGUAUGUUUUUUUCUUUCUGCACGCAUUAAUUCUCUCUUAUUUUGUACACACAUUCUGUACGUAUGUAUUUCUGUACUAUGCUUUUUUACUGCAUUUUCUAUCCUUUUUAUUCUCUGCACGCUUCGUAUUCGAUCUUUCUCCACCUUUUUUCUUCUCCCUCCCUCUUUUUCAUUUGUUGUCCAUUUUCCCCUUCUUUUUUUUUUAGCUUGCCGCCUUUCUUCUUUUCUCUCUGUGUCAUCUCUACUUUUCUGCCCGUCUGCUCCCCUUUCCUUUUCAUUUAGCGGAUUUCAAUCCAUUCAUAUCGUCUCUCUAUCCGGAAUCAAAUAUGAUUCUCUCUCUCUCUCGAUCUAUCUAUCUAUCUAUCUAUCUAUCUAUCUAUCUAUCUAUCUAUCUAUCUAUGUCUCUCUCUAUAUAUCUGUCUCUCUCUAUCUGUCUCUUUGCCUGGCUACAUACUCAGUCAUCGUCCGACAUCGCUUCUUUCUCUCUCUCCCCUUGCAAACGAUGAUGGCUUUUAAAAAAAUGAUCACAACUCGGUCAGGGUACACCACCAGAGGAGAUAGACUUUUUUUCGUUGCAACCUGUCUCUUUUUUGUCUUAAUUUUCCUUUCUUUCUUUCUUUCUUUCUUUCUUUCUUUCUUUCUUUUCCUUCCUUCCUUCCUUCCUUCCCUAUUGUGCCUUAUUGAUAAAUUCGUUCGUUUCAUUGUAUUUUUCUUUCCUUCUUAA